AAUGGUGAGAUACCGAUCGCGGAUAAUUACGACAAUGUCAGUAUUUUAUUUGCUGAUCUAGUAGGCUUUACACCGCUGUCGGUCACAUUAACCGCACAACAAUUAUUUGAAUUACUAUCAGAAGUGUUCGGCCACUUUGAUUCGGUGGUAGAAAAGCACGGCGUAGAGAAGCUACGAACAGUAGGGGAUGGUUAU